AAAAGAAUUACUUGAACCCAGAGGAACUGAUGAGAUCACCAGGGGAAAAGGUACAGAAAUAGAAGAGAAGAGGGCCCAGGGCAGAGCCCUAGGGGACAGAACGCGGAUGGUGAUCCAGCAAAGGAGCCGGAGAAGUAUAGAUUGGACAAGUAAGGAGGAGAAUCAAGAGGGAUCAUUGUCAAAAACACCCCAGGUGGAGGAGGAUGCGUGGAGAGAAACGAAAUGCAUUUCUCAGUAACACUCAGAAAACUGCCCAUGGCCAACAUCAUAACUCUCAUGAAUUAGGCAAGAACCAGAUAUCUUCAGGCAACCUGGAAAACACUUCAUGGACUCAGGAGGAGGAAAUGGCUGGUCUGUCUUCUCAAAAGGACAGUCCCACGAUGGACGACCUAGAAGAAAGUUUACAGAAGCUGAAGGUCCAAGUGUGCCCACGCUUGGCCCCCAGCUCGAGUCCUGACUCUGAUACGGAAGAUAUCUUUGGUUCAGAUGCUGCUGAUCUCUGGAGUCCUGGACAGUCCCGGUGGUCUGAGGUUUCAUGUACCCCACCUCCUGCGGAGGAGAGGGAAGCCCUGCUGCAGGCACCCAUGGACUGGGGACGGUUUCUGAGUUCCCAGGGCUCAGCCAGGCUGUUGGGAAACAGCUCCCACCUCAGGGCUGGGGGCCUUUCAGUGAGGUCCCUAGCUCCAGGCAACCACAGAGCUCACCUCCUGGGAAGUGAGGUGUCCACCAGUAGCUGCCUGCCAUCUGUGGCCUUGGUGAUGGAUGGAUCCCUUGCACGGUCCUCCCCCCCUAAACUAGGGGCACCUCACGUGAUCGGUGUGAAGUCUCUGCUACCUCCCAGGAUCCCAGUGAGGUCCUGUUCUCCCCAGAGGAGCAGCAGCUCUCCUGGGGUUCCCAGGGGCAGGUCUCUUUCUCUCACCCGAUCCCAUUCUUUCUCCCCUGCUUCCAAAAGGAUUCGAUGGGUCCGAUCUCGCUCCCAGUCUCCCAGGCCCAUCUGGAGACCCACCUCAGCCAGAGCCAAUGCUUGUGCUCAGCCCCCUCCUCAGCUCAUCCGGCCUGGGGGGGCCAGAAAGAAAACGGCUCUGAGCCGACCAUCACGGUCCCGAACUUAUAAGACAGGGCCCUGGGCUGCCCGCCGGGCCUGUGUACCCCCUGAAACCAGGGAGGAAGAAGCUCUGGACCACUCCUGGAGCCCUUACUGCCUGCCUGUGCCUGGAAUCUCCUCCCCCCUGGCUCAGGAGAUGAGCAAAAGGUUCUUCCAGGCCCUCAAAGAAGGGAAUGUGUGUCAGUCUCUGGGGACCAUGGCUCCCAUCCAGAAAGCCUUGACCCGACUGCGUUUGCAGCGCCUUCGUGCCCAGGAAGACUGGGUAUUGGAGCUGAAGAGGCAGCAAGAACUGGAACGGACCCGAGGCCCCAAGUGCAAGUGGUACGAGAUGAAAAGCUCCCAGUUCCACUAUGAAGCUCACAAACAUAACGAGUGGUUGAAGAACAGCCGGGACUCACCGCUCCUCUGUAACUACAGACAGGAACUGGCUUCCCAGACCCAGGAAUUUGAUGAGCCCUCCAAGCCUCCCCAUCUGGAUCCCUUUUUAACACGGAAGGAUCAUGAGUAAUGGGAUUGGAAGGCUGAUGAAGCCAUGGGCUGAAGCCUUAGAAUUCCCCAAGGUGAUCUGGCCUUGUGGAAUGAAUGGAAAGCGAGGGGUCCGCUGUCUUCCAGAAUGAAGACCCCCCCCAAACCCCAAAGGGGCCUUCCUCCAAAGGAGGGAGAGAAAGAGAAAGCUCUGCUUACUGAAUGGACUGAGACUGGAAGGUCCAAUCUCGGAAUAGAGAAACGUGAAGCCAAGAGAUGUGGGCUUCUCAUCCCUGCUGCUAAAACCAAGCACAAAAGGGUUGGCUUCUUCUGGAGAGCUGUUCAUCCAUUCCUCCACUCUCUCAAAGGGCACUUAUUAAAUACCUACCAUCACCAACUGCCAAGCAAGAUACAAGGCUUAGCUAAGACAGCCCUUGUUCUCAUUCGGUUCAGUAAAACACCAAGUGCAGCUCUCUCCGUGACAUGCAGGGAACUCACAGCCUCUUCAAGGUGAGAAGAUGGAACCGAGAGAACUAGAAUACAGUAUUAUAAGAUGAGUGCCCCAGACAGCUGCCGAGUGUCAUGUGGAGGCCAAGGAAGAAGGUUGUGCCACUUGGGGCCUGGUGGGGUUGGGGGCUGGGAUCCCUGGACAAGGCGGUGGAAUUGGACCUUGAAGAAUGAGUAAAUAUUCAGCAAGCAAAGCGGGGAGGAAGAAAGACAAGAGGCACUGGGGUUGGGUUGGCCAUAUUGCAAACGUAACUAAAUAAAAAAUUCUGAUCGAUAGUGUACCCAGCGCCUGCCGGUGCUUUGGGAUUUAUAAAAGUGUGUGUGUUGUCUAACUGUCUGGGGGAAGAGUCCGAAGCAAACAUUUAAACCCCUCGAUUAUGCUUGUUACUUAAAUGUUUGGUUGGGUCGAAAGCUAGGUAUCUGGGGUAAG